AUGUACAUGUUAAGAUACUACCUGGAUGCCAAUGGAAAGAGGGUAUACACGGUGAAGCCCGUGGUCGAUGGGAAGGUAACCUUCUCGGCCCACCCCUGCCGAUUUUCGCCGGACGACAAGUUCUCCUCCCAGCGGAUAACCCUCAAGAAGAGAUUCAACCUGUUGUAA